AUGUACAAACUUCUACUAGUAGCGGCUCUAGUGGUCUUAUCCACGGCCUUCCGGGCAGAGCUGGACGGAGAAUGGGAGACGUACAAGACAGAGUUCAACAAACCCUAUGGAGCUGAGGAAGAAGCUAAGAGGAGAGUGAUCUGGGAGAACCACCUCGACUACAUUCAAAAGCACAACCUGGCAGCUGAUAGAGGGGAACACACAUUCUGGUUGGGCAUGAACGAGUAUGGAGACAUGACAAAUGAGGAGUUUGUGAAGACAAUGAACGGUUACCACAUGAGGACCGAAUCUGUCAAUGCCCCGACCUACAUGCCUCCCUCAAAUGUUGGAGAUCCACCAGCCUCCAUGGAUUGGCGUACACAGGGCUACGUAACAGCCGUUAAGAACCAGGGCCAGUGCGGUUCAUGUUGGGCCUUCUCCACAACUGGUUCUCUAGAGGGUCAACAUUUCAAGGCUAAUAAGUCACUGACAUCUCUGUCCGAGCAGAACCUGGUCGACUGCUCCAGGAAACAGGGUAACCAGGGCUGUGAAGGAGGAUUAAUGGACCAAGGAUUCAAAUACAUUAAGGAAAAUAACGGAAUCGACACCGAGGAAUCCUAUCCAUACAAGGGCGUGAACGGUCAGUGCAAGUUCACACCAGCUAAUGUUGGAGCGACAGACACCGGGUUUGUUGAUAUCAAGAGCAAGAGCGAGUCAGAUCUCCAAAGCGCUGUUGCUACGGUGGGACCCAUCAGUGUUGCCAUAGACGCCAGUCACAUGAGUUUCCAGCUGUACAGAACAGGAGUGUAUCACUCAUUCUUCUGCAGCGAGACCAGAUUAGACCAUGGUGUUCUUGCGGUUGGCUACGGAACUGAAAGUGGCAAGGACUACUGGCUGGUUAAAAACAGUUGGGGAGAAUCAUGGGGCGAGAAGGGAUACAUCAAAAUGUCUAGGAACAGGCACAACAACUGUGGAAUUGCCACUCAGGCGAGCUACCCAACUGUAUAG